UCAAAAUGUCGGACAAAAGUGAUUUAAAAGCAGAACUUGAGCGCAAAAAGCAGCGCUUGGCUCAGAUAAGAGAAGAAAAGAAACGGAAGGAAGAAGAAAGGAAGAAGAAAGAGGCUGAUCUACAGCAAAAGAAGGAGCCAGCUCAAGAAGAUUCUGACCUAGACCGCAAGAGAAGAGAGACAGAAGCUUUGUUGCAGAGCAUUGGCAUAUCCCCAGAACCACCUCUAGUCCCAACCCCUAUGUCUCCCUCUUCGAAAUCAGUGAGCACACCCAGUGAUGCAGGCAGCCAGGACUCUGGAGAUCUGGGACCCAUAGGAAGGACCUUGCAAUGGGACACAGACCCCUCAGUGCUGCAGCUCCAGUCAGACUCUGAACUUGGACGCAGACUGCACAAACUAGGGGUGUCAAAGAUUACCCAGGUUGAUUUCUUACCUCGGGAGGUGGUGUCCUACUCCAAGGAGACCCAGACACCUCUUGCAACACAUCAAUCUGAAGAGGAUGAAGAUGAUGAAGAAAUGGUGGAACCAAAAGCACAGGAUGACUUGGAGACGGAAAAUCAAGACCAGAAGCAGGAAACAAAAGAAGCUCCUCCCAGAGAAUUGACAGAAGAAGAAAAACAGCAAGUUCUCCAUUCAGAAGAAUUCCUGAUAUUUUUUGACCGGACAAUACGUGUAAUUGAGCGAGCUUUGGCUGAAGAUUCAGACAUAUUCUUUGACUACAGUGGCAGAGACGUAGAAGAGAAAGAUGGAGAUGUUCAAGCAGGAGCCAACCUUUCUUUUAACCGUCAGUUCUACGAUGAGCACUGGUCAAAGCAUCGUGUUGUUACCUGUAUGGAUUGGUCUCUGCAGUACCCUGAGUUGAUGGUUGCAUCUUAUAACAAUAAUGAAGAUGCUCCACAUGAGCCUGAUGGGGUAGCCCUGGUAUGGAACAUGAAGUUCAAGAAAACCACACCAGAAUAUGUUUUCCAUUGUCAGUCCUCUGUGAUGUCUGUCUGUUUUGCCCGCUUUCACCCAAACCUGGUUGUUGGUGGAACAUACUCUGGCCAAAUUGUGUUGUGGGAUAAUCGCAGCCACAGACGAACUCCUGUUCAAAGAACUCCCUUAUCUGCUGCUGCUCACACGCAUCCGGUGUAUUGUGUCAAUGUAGUUGGAACACAGAAUGCACACAAUCUCAUCACUGUCUCCACAGAUGGCAAAAUGUGCUCCUGGAGCCUCGACAUGCUCUCAACUCCACAGGAGAGCAUGGAGCUGGUGUACAACAAGUCCAAACCAGUGGCGGUUACAGGAAUGGCUUUCCCAACCGGAGAUGUCAAUAACUUUGUUGUUGGCAGUGAAGAGGGAACAGUCUACACAGCCUGUCGUCAUGGAAGUAAGGCCGGCAUUGGUGAAAUUUUUGAAGGCCACCAAGGACCUGUCACAGGAAUCAAUUGCCACAUGGCAGUGGGCUCAAUUGACUUUUCCCAUCUCUUUGUCACAUCAUCAUUUGACUGGACAGUGAAGCUGUGGACCACAAAGCACAACAAGCCGCUCUACUCCUUUGAAGACAAUGCCGACUAUGUCUACGAUGUCAUGUGGUCGCCAGUGCAUCCCGCGCUCUUCGCCUGCGUGGACGGGAUGGGGCGCCUGGAUCUGUGGAACCUGAAUAACGACACCGAGGUUCCCACAGCCAGUGUGACAAUAGAAGGAGCUUCUGCCCUCAACCGUGUCCGCUGGGCCCAGGCUGGGAAGGAGGUAGCAGUUGGUGAUUCAGAAGGCCGCAUAUGGAUCUAUGACGUUGGAGAGCUGGCGGUCCCGCACAACGACGAAUGGACGCGUUUCGCUCGGACCCUGGUGGAGAUCCGUGCCAACCGGGCCGACAGUGAGGAGGAGGGGGCGGUGGAGCUGGCGGCAUAGAGAAGAGGAGGAGCGGCCUUCCCUGCCGAGCCCGUCGUGCUGUGGCUGCCGAUGCCAGCGUGCGUGCCAGUAUUGCUCAGAGCAUUCCAUAUUAAUCACACGGCUUUACACGGGGCUGAAAAAAUCCAGAGCAUUUUCGUACUUUAUAUUUCUGUCUGAAAAGUAAGAAAGAAAAGACAAAUCAACCCUUUAUGGGUUUAGUUGUUGCCUUUUAACUACUUAGUAGCUGUAUUUAAUGGGUAGGAACCCCUGGUUAAACUUGUGCUCACAUUGCCCUUCUGGCGUAGUCCUAUUAAAUCCAUAUGAAGCCAGAUAUGAUUAUGUGCAGAUGUGGUGUGCUUCACUGUAUGGGACUGGGCCAAAGGCUUUAGAUGUGGUGUUUCACAUGGUGACUUACAUUAUGAAUGGAUGUACUAUACGAAAGUUGCUGCUCCUUAUUUAUUGCGGUGUGCUGCAUGGAACAUAUUUAUUUGAAAGCAUUAAAAUAAACGAUCCUAAAGCAUGUGCAUAAUGAGAGAACUGCAUUGUCUGUGUGCUGCUGUAGAGGUUACAUUAAAGUCCGCGUAACAAUUACAGUACAUCAGUUGUGCUUAAGAUGUAAGAUCUAUAAAGGUUGGUUUGAGUGGAUGGAGUGCGUUUCCUUUCCUUUUUUUAAGAUGCCCAUUAUUUCUAGGCACUUUAACAAUAUUUCAAAUACAGUUGGUCACUGAUACUUGUCAUGCAAGUUAACACUAACAGUCUGACAAAGGGUUGUGGUUCCCGAGUAUGACACUAGUGUUGCCAAUAAAAUGUAUCCAGCCAGUUCUGUCGCAGUGUGGUUAAUCCUUCCCUGCCAGCAGCGCUCAGCACAUUCAUUACUGGGCACUGGGAAAUGGGGCUUUGCCGGCUUGCAGAGCACUACUGCAGCUGCUGUGUGAGCACACUGAAGUGCAGGGCUGGCCAGCUAUGGCCUUGCUGCAGCGGAUUCUCUGCAGCUGUUACAGAAUAAAUUAAUCCAUGCCAGCUUCUAGGUUUGGUCUCCUCCCUACCCCUAUGGUGCAUGGUUACCUGCACACAGCACAGCACUGCUGUGUGAACGAGAAGAUAAAGGAAUAAGGAAAAAAGGUCUUCUCCAGCUGUCUUGACUCAGGUCUGGGUAGGAGACAAGGAAACAUUCUCCUUUACAAGAAAUUCAUGGCUGGAGCACAAGGCAGCAGGGCACAGGCUGAGGGAUGGGGCAGGCUGUUGGCAGCACAGCACUGCGGUGACACCUGUGUGUGACUGGGUCUCAGCGUCCCCUGGGCAGACAGGUGAGCCAUGACAGCAGGAAGCACUGGAAAUCAGGCAGUAACGAUUCUGUGUGUUCCCAUGGAAGCACAUCUCCAUGCAGUUAAGGUCGAGACUAUAUUGGCUAAUGCCAUCUAGGGCCAGUCACAUUCUGAACCAUGGGCUGGGUUCCUCACAGGGGGAUGUCACAUCCCUAUUCCUGCAGACACAGGACCUGAGUGCACAGUGGCUUCGGCUAUCAAGAGUCUGGGGGCACACACACACGCAUGCAUGUGUCCAUCAGAGCCUGUUACAGGCCAAAGGCACUCUGCCCAUCACUCUCACAGAGUAAAUCCAUCACCCUCGCACAGUAAACCCACACCCAAGUGUGUGUACCCAAAACAGGUGCAGUGGGAAAGGGCUCAACCACGGUCUGUUUCCUGUUCACUGUAAGCAGUGCAAUGAUAGCAGCAAAUUUGCUUUCGUUGUUUCCACAUUACCUUCAGUUUUUUGAAUCAAAGUGAGGGGCAGUUCUGUACUAACAUGCAGAAGAACUUCCUUAUGGUAAGGGUGAUGGAGCACUGGAACAGGCUGUCCAUAGAGCGGCUGUGGAGUCCCCUUCUAUGGAGAUAUUCAAGACCCAUCUGGAUGCCUACCUGUGCGACCUAUCAUAGGGUACGUGUAUGAGCAGGGGGUUGGACUCGAUGAUCUCUUUUGGUUCCUUCCAAUCCCAUGAUUCUAUGAAGUGCACACUGCCCACACUGCCUCUGUGCGUUCUUAGCUCAUCAAGUGGCCUUAAGAAGCACCUCAGAAGCACUGCACAUUUGCACAGAGCAAAGCCCCGAAGGGCUGACAGCACAUGCAGCAGAGGCUUGGACAACCUUGAGCAUGAGAAGCAUCCAAGGCCUGAGUGUCACAGCAGUGCUGGUGUUGCCACUCGUGUGCGGCAGAGGCACUGAGUAGCACACCACGCUCGGGAAUGGCGCUGUGCUCAGCCAUCACCCAGUGCACAGCAGAGGUGGCCCAGGUGGCCUGUCUCCUCCUAAGUCAGAUGCAGAGCAGUUUGUCAGGUACCCUAUUUUUAGCAGGUUUAGAGAAACCUGCUCAAGUUAUUUAAGAAUUCUGUGGUAUAUAUGGUCAUGAAAGCAUCUCCACUGUCGGUCUUAAGUAACUUAAACCAACCCCCUUCCUCAGUGACACAGGCAGAAAAUCCCUCAGCUCCUGCUGGGCACACAAACAGGAACAGAAGUGGCUGCCUGAGAUGCCCCCAAUAGGGAACAUCAUCAGUAUUAGAGCAACUCUCUUUUUGACUGACUCAGUGGGACUUGGCUGGGCUGCAGGAAGCAAACAAGGUUACCUUUUACCCUAUUCCUUCCAACACUUUGCGUAACUCACCCAGAAACUCAAAGACAACAAACAUCUCAACAUCAUCCCUGGGGCCUUAUGUUCUUAGGGCAAUCUGACAAUUUCUUGGCCUGUAAGCUUUUCAGAACUUUUGCAUCCUUUUGUGUCUGGAGGAAGCUGACAGCACACACAACCAGAGGAUCUCUGGACAGAACUGCACUGAGUAUCAUGAGCUGGGCCACGCAUAGGGGAGGCCAUCACAGGCUCUUCACCAUUCUGUCUCUGCUAACAGAGACGUGUCCUGGCUGCAACAGUCCAAGACAUCCCAUCCCCAGGCUGCAUCAGAAGUGAGUGGCUGCCACCUGGAUGUGCACACAUAUAGGCAGGCACUGACCCAAAAGCACAAAAGGAACAGAAGUCUUGCGAGAGCUGCUGCUUUCCCGUGGAAAUUCUUGACAAGAUAAGUCAGGCAAAAGCAAGGGAUUAAAUGGAAAAACAACUCCUAAAUUGCCAAAAAAAUCUCCAGUGUCAAACACAAGCAGCUCCCAGUGAAAAAGUAACUUUUGUGACAGGACUUAACCAAAAACCAUGACAGUUAAUUUUGGAGAAAUACAAGAGGCGGGCUUUUUACCCAUUUUUUAAACAAAGGAACUGUCAUUUUAGAAGACUUGAAUAGACGAGGCCGAGAGGUUGCAGCCAACAGCUGCCCUGUGCUCUCUGCACAGUGCAGCCCAACUCGGAGGUACAGCUGUUGGUAAGUAUCAUCUUCCCCUCACCCUCAGGAGUACAAACACUGCAGGCUGCUCUUCUCAUACCUUAUCGCACUGAUAAUUUUGAAAUACAAUUUAGUUCAAGUAAAUAAUUUUUAUGACAACCCAAACACAAAUGCAAUAUAGCAAUUUCAGUAUUUCAACAAAUAGCAAUAAAACACAGUAUUACCCACCUAAUCCUUCUGCAAAGAUACUGCAUCCAUGCAUUUUCUCAGUUUACAAUCUGUGCUGAAGCCAACACCUCCCAUCUUUCAAAAGAAGACAAGCAUUCUUCUUCUGUAAACACUAAAUUCUUGUCUUAAGAGGUAGCACAGAAGACACCCAACAAUAACUUCUAUUGCUCCAGAACUCAGAAUAACACAAGUCUAGUGGCCUCUAUGACAGAGUUAUAGCAUUGGUGGAAAAGAGAAGAGCAACUGACAUCAUCUAUCUGGACUUGUGCAAAGAAAGCAUUUGAUACUGUAUUGGAUAACAUCCUUGUCUCUAAAUUGAAGAUAUGUGGCUUUGACAGAUGGAUCAUUUUGUAGGUAAGGAAUUUGCUGGAUGUCGCACUCAGAGCUGUGCGACCUCCUCAGGGGUUGGUAUUGGGAUCUGCAUGGCUUAACAUCUGUGUCCGUGACACAACAGCAGGAUUGAGUACACCUGCAGUGAGUUCGCAGAUGACAGCGAGAUGCAUGGUGCAGUCGACAGGAUGGAGGGCAAGAAUACUAUCCAGAUGCACCUGGACAGGCUCGAGAAGUGGGCGUGUGCAAACCUCAUGAAGUUCAACAAGGCUCAGUGCAAAGUCUUGCACCUGAGUUGCAUCAAUCCCAAACACGAAUACAGAAUGGGAGGAGAAUGGACUGAGAGAGGCCAGGAGAAGAAGGAUUUAGAAGUGUUGGCUGAUAAGAAGCUCAACAUGACCUGGCAAUGUGCACUUACAAGCCAAGAAAGCCAAGUACAUCCUGGGAUGCAUCAAAAGAAGUGUAACUAUCAGGGCAAGAGAAGCGAGUUCCCCUCUCUGCUCCACUUCCCGUAAGGCCCCACCUACAGCACUGCAUUCAGCUCUGAGGCCAUAGCCUACAGACAUGGAGCUGCUGGAGCUCAGAACCUCUUGAGGAAGUCAGGAGAAUGAUCAGAGGGCUGGAGCAGCUUACCUAUGAAGACAGGCUGAGGGAGACCUGGGCUUGUUCGGCUUGGAGAAGAGGUUCUGAGGAGACCUCACUGUAGCUUUCCAGUACCUACAGGGGGCCUACAGAAAAGCUAAAGAAAGACUUUUUUACAAGGGCCUGUAGUAAUAGGACAAGGAAUAAUAACUUUAAAUGGAAAGAAAGAAGAUUUAGAUAGACGUUAGGAAGUAAUUCUUCCCUCAGAGGGUGGUGAGGUGCUGGCACAGACUGCCCA